CCACGCCGUAUGCGCCAGCCUAUAUGUACUUCUUUUUAAAAGCCAUAUCGAGGACUUGGCUACAUUAAUAACGAACUCUUAACAUAUCCAGCGCAAUGGCAGCACAGGACAUCUCUCUAGCAUGGUCUGGGGUGUUCAAGGUGGCGGCAAAUGGCAACAAGACAUUACCGGGCGACAAGAUUGUCCUUCCUCAAUCUGCCCUCGAACAAUUGCUAGCAGCUUCAACAGUAACCGUCAAUUCAAGGACUAGGCCUGGUGCCUCUUUCGAUCCCUUUAAUCCAUACUCCCUCGCGGCGGCAAGAGCAGAGCAAUCGCAAUGGCGAGACACGCAACAGCAGCUCCCACAUCCACUUACUUUUCGAUUGGUCAACUCAAAUAAUGGCAAUGUUGUUUACGCAGGGAUCAGGGAAUUUUCUGCUGAGGAGGGCGAAGUUGGACUGAGUUCUUUUCUCUUGGAGGCACUUGGCAUCACUAAAGCCCCGGCAAAGUCAAAGCCCACGCCAAUCACUAGAAAUGAUGCUGGAUCGCCAGCUAGUGCAAUCGAUCUUACAGAAGACACUACAAUAGAUCUAACGAAAGACGAAGAAGAGCCUACACGAAUCACGGUUCAUGCGAAGCAACUGCCAAAAGGAACAUACGUGCGAUUACGACCUCUGGAGGCGGGAUAUAACCCGGAAGAUUGGAAGGCAUUACUUGAGCGGCAUUUACGGGAAAACUUCACAACGUUAACCAACGGGGAAAUCUUGACAGUUAGGGGAUCUAGAGCGGAAGAAUUUCAGUUCCUUAUUGAUAAAUUCCUACCCGAGGGCGAUGGCAUAUGCGUUGUGGAUACGGAUUUGGAGGUUGAUAUUGAAGCCUUGAAUGAGGAGCAGGCUCGGGAGACGUUGAAGCAGAUAAUGAAGAAGGCGCAAAAAGCUCCAGGAACCGCUGAGGGAAGUUCAAUUGGAGGGAACAUUGAUGUUUGGAAGCCGUUUGAUGGACAGGUUGUCGAAGGCGAUUACGUUGACUUUGAAUUACCCUCUUGGGAUCGAGGGCAAGCACUUUAUAUUGAGUUGACGGCCGAGGAUGAUGACGAUAUCGAUCUUCUCGUCAGCCCAUAUUCCGCACACCAACGAGCCAGACCACGUGAAGAUGAACACCUCUGGAGCGAUUUCAGUGCGAAAUCAACAAAGAAAAUCAUUCUUCUACCAUCAAAUAUCGGCUUGGAUGGAGCGGAAUCACUCUUUAUAUCCGUACAUGUCCACAAGUUCUCAGAGGAUCCAGGACAUCCGCGGAAAUUCAUAUUACGCGCGAAGAACGUCUCAAAAGAGACCAUAUUAGAUGAAUCCGAGAAUCCGGCCGUCAUCGAGGAUGAAAAUACAGAGAUGCACAGCUCUGAUGAAGAACAGUGUAAAAACUGCCACCAAUGGGUUCCCAAGCGCACCAUGAUUCUGCACGAGAAUUUCUGUUUACGAAACAACAUCCUUUGUCCGCACUGCGGGAAUAUUUUCCAGAAAAAAUCUCAAGAAUGGCAAAAUCACUGGCAUUGCCCUCAUGAUUCUGAGUACGGCAACACUCUUCGAAGCAAACAAAGGCAUGAUGAAGCUUUCCAUAUUUCACGCCCUUGCCCCAACUGUUCGUACCAGGCAGUAAAUCUCAAGGAUCUCGCCGUACACAGAACCUCGGUUUGUCCGGGAAAGAUUAUUUUGUGCCAGUUCUGCCACCUGGAAGUACCUCAAGAAGGCGACCCCUUUGAUCCUUCCCCCGAAGCACUAAUUACGGGCCUCACAGAACACGAAUUGGCAGAUGGUGCAAGAACCACUGAGUGUCAUCUCUGCUCCAAGAUAGUCAGACUGCGUGACAUGGCCACGCAUCUAAAGCACCAUGAACUCGAGAAAUCCUCACGGUCCAAACCGGCAAUUUGCAGAAAUGUCAACUGCGGGCGAACCCUGGAAGGUGUCGGGAAAAACGGUGAGAUUGGAGCGGCUACUAGGAUGGGACAAGGUCCGGGAAAUGACCUUGGAUUGUGUAGCAUCUGUUUUGGCCCUCUGUACGUCAGUAUGUACGAUCCAGAGGGGAAGGCUAUGAAGCGACGGGUCGAACGCCGAUACGUCUCUCAAUUAAUCACCGGCUGUGGGAAAGCAUGGUGCACGAACGAAUUCUGCAAGACUGCAAGGGCCAAGAUUGAUAAGUCGGCUCCGGCUCUAUCGACCAAAGACGCAUUACCAUUAGUGAAGCCUUUGACGGACACGGUGAACGAUCGAUCCCAGCCUAUGUAUUUCUGUGUCGACGAAAGCAGUCAAAAAAGAAGGAAGUUGGCGGAGAUGCUAGCUGGUGAAAACGUUUAUGAUCUCGAAUGGUGCGUAGCUGCAUGUGAAGCGGAGGGUGGUAAUUUGGAUAAAGCGAGACAAUGGUUGCAGAAUUGGGCGCCAAAGAAAACUUGACCUUUCAAUGCUUUCUUCAAGAAGAUUGAUAGGUAGAGGCGAUGUCCAAAAGGGAAUGCGAAUAUCCAGAACAGCCUAAGAUAGGUGGAGGUGCAUUGCAUAGUUGCAUGGAGUUUCAUGGUAAUACGUUCGAGUUUCUCAUGAUACCAAUGUAUAGACUUUUAUACAGGAUUCUUUCGAGGGAGGUUCACCUCUGAAUCUAUGAGAAAGGCUUUUGCCAUCUUGUUGAUAUGUCUGCCUCUUCCCAUCGUCGUUCACCUUCUGUCCAGGAUUAUUACAGUUGAUGGAAUGAAAUCUCUUUCAAAGAGCUCUGAUCAAAAGUCAUAUAUUUGGCCCCACUCUGAUACAAACUCAGCCUCCUCCAAGGUCAGUUGGCAACUGGUUGGGGUGAAGGAGGAUAUGAGAAUCUUUAGCUGGAACUGGUUUAUGAAGGAUUGGGAUGAUCAUGGAAGAAGCAAUCCUUGAGUUUUCGGAUAGAAAUACCUGG